AUGAGCAGCUACUCAAGACGAAACGAUGCUAAUGAAAGCUAUCUAAUGAAUUCCCAAAUCGUCUCAGGCGUAAGCUACAACCACCCAGAACCCCACGAUUUCAAUUCCGCUUCAGCAGCCUCGUACCACUUCCCUCAGCAAUCCUUCUCCAAUCCAUACGGUGCCUCCCAGUUUGGCGGCGGCGCCGGUGGUGGCCCAACAUACGGACAACAGCCAACUCUAACCGCCCAGGGUAUGCAACAUCUGCAAUAUGCUUCAGAUCAUACCAUUCCCUCAAUGUCCACGAAUGAAGAUAUGAAAUUUCACCACCCGCCCUCGCAUGCGCAUGCGCACUCACAUUCGCAGUACAUGGCUCAAUCGCGGUAUAUGCAGUCGCCGCGGUAUCUGCCGCUUCGUGAGGCCUUUGAGGCUGAGAUUGAGAAUCAGGAAUCUAGGAAUGAGGGGACGAUGCUUUCUGAGGCGGUUAUUCCGGCUUUGAAUGGGUUUCCUGAUGUUAAGGAGUUUGAUCAGUUGAUGCAAAGCUAUGUCGAUGAUCUCUCUGUGAAAAAGCAAGACAAGGCCUUGAUUCACGCUAAACGAGCACGGAACAUUCGAACUGUUUUGAUCGAUCCCAAAGAUACUGCUGUUGAAUCUGCCCAGUUUCGAUUCUGGGUUAAAAAGAUGUUCAAGCUUACGACUGUGGGUGUGGGUACGACUGAGUGCCGGAAAAUGAUCUGCCAUGAAGGCAAGCCCGUUGCAAUUCGUGAGAAAUUGUUUAAAAUCCUCACUAAAGCUCAUCAACAAUGUCAGCACGGUGGACGGGAUAAGACCUCUGCUCAGGUCCGGCGGAUUUAUUCCUGGGUUCCCAAGGAAUUAAUAUCCCGCUUCGUCAAAAUCUGCCCAACUUGCCAAGUCCGCCGUGGAGGCUCACGCCUAACACCGCCAAACUCCCGCCGAGGUUCACCAAGACUAGAAAUGAUGCCUCGAUCUUCGCCAAAGUUGCCCUCGCCACCGAUCUCGCGCCGCGAAUCGAACUUCGGCACUCAGGCUGGCCUUGAUCGGGCUCAGUCGGAUUACUUCGCCCAGCAGAUGCAUGGUCAUAGUGGUGGUGGUGGGUGGUCAAUGGAUCAGCAUCAGGGAUUACAGGGACGAGGCAGCGCAGGAGGAGGAGGACUACACCAUCGCCCUUACCAUGGACUGCCGCAUUCGAUUGCGGGGACUUUGGACCCUUUCUCGCCUGAUAUGUCGGUGCCGCCGUCUCAGUUGACGUACGGUGGGGGGUAUGUCUCGGCGCCUCAUGGUACGCACGACACAAAGGGAUUUUUGAAUUGA